AGCCUAGAAGGUGUCACAUACUUCACCGGGAGAUACUGCGUGUCGUCAUGCUAGGCGGGACUGUAGGGCGCAAAAAAAAAUGCUGAUGAGACAAGAUGUCGUUGCCCGAGCACUUGCACUUAGCUUCUUUCCGUCAGAGCCACGAAGGGACGACGAGACGGGGUCCGAGGGAUGGAACAUCGCGCAGAGCGAGUCCGUCUUCUGGCAGAAAUUCGCCUUCUUCUUGCGGUUGCCGCUAUUGCGUCUGCCGCGAGUUUCUCGCCGCAGAAGGACGGCAUUGGGAUGCCUCAAUCUGAAUGAAAGGGGACAACACCGACCACAAAACGCGUCAUAGCGCUCCGACACUGACCUCAGUGUUGCUGUCUAUCGGCUGCCAAGACUGAAGCGCGAUCGGAAAAAAUCGGCACGGGCUAUCGAUCAGUGGUUUAUAUCGCCUAUUACUUGUAUCAAAGCAGGGUAUUGGUAUUGGAAAUGGAUGUGGUAUCCGCAAAAAAAGCUGUCUCCCCCUUCUCAUACCCCUUCCAGACCAAGCAAUUCAAAGUCGCUCAGCAUGAAAAGCAAAACCGGUGACAGGUCCGACACAAGACAAAGACAUAUGAAAGAUGGGCCUCAUGCAUAUCGAGCAUGACAUACAACAAAAACUUCCCCAAGGAGUCUGCGCAUUGCAAGUUCAGACUGAGAUACUAUAUAUGUUCUUGCGAUAAGCGCAAGCCUAGCCGACGCCGCCUACAGAAAGCCACCCGACCUCGUCUUCCGAAU